AAUAAAUCAAAUUUCUUUUAAUGCCCAUAAAUACUAUGUAUAUUUUUAAAAGCACACUUUAUGGUGCAUCGCACUAGCGCAUCCUGGAUUUAAUUUUGGGAGGGGCUCCAGCCAGAAAUUUUUUUUUUUUUAAGUAACGAUAUUUACUUCGGAAAAUAAGAAAGAAACUAACUACAUAUAUGAACUGGUGUUUAAAUGAUUCCUAAAGCUCCUUUAAAUGCGAUUGCACGAAAAAUUAUACUUUAAGAGAUGUUCGAGCUGGUGUGGCCGAUCCCGGAGGAUCGCUUCGACGAGGUGAUCGCCCACCUGAGGUACAACUUCUUCCCGGACGAGCCGCUCAACCGCUCCGUGGGCCUCUGUCCCAGCCCGGGCCAGCCUCACCAGCAGCUCGAGGACCACGCCAUAUCCACCCUCGCCGAUGGCAUCUCCGUCAUGGCAGUCAAUGACAAGCAAGAGCUGGUCGGAGUGAUACUCAAUGGAGUCCUACGUGAAGGUGACCUGGAAGAGGCUCUGGCCAAACUCGAGGCGAGCGAAGACGACAAGUUCAAGACCAUCUUUGAGCACCUCUACAAGAUCAAUAUUGACCUGGAUCUGUUCAACAAGUUCCAAGUUGACAGCAUCUUCGAGGCGAGGAUACUCUCAGUUGACAAAGCCUACAGAUCCUUAGGGUUAGCAUAUAAGUUGAUGGCCAAGUGCGAUGAUGUUGCAGCAGAGAAAGGAUUCAAGGUGAUUAAAGGGGAUUCUACAGGAUUGUUUUCUCAGAAGAUUUUGGCGAAACUUGGGUACGAAACACUACUUGAGGUCAAAUAUGAAGAGGUCAAGGAUGAAAAUGAAGAAAUAAUAUUCAAAACCCCUCCGCCUCAUACAAGUUUAAAAAUAAUGUACAAAAUGGUUGGUGAGUAAAUCAAAAGGCCUAAAAAAAAUCUUAUCGGAUAUGCUUCAUGUUGGAGAUUUUGUGCCAUUGGCUCAUCUACAGUCGGCAACAUGUGAGCUAAAAUUAGAAUUUUGAAUAAGGAGUUCUAAAAAACUCCUGGGUUGUAAGCCAUAUACGUAAGUCAUCAGUUUUUCUUCUGUUUUAUCAGGUUAAAAGAUACUUGUACCAUUAUUAUUUACAGUAUUGAGACAACGACUAUCUAUUCUAUGUUCCUAUUUGCUCUAGUAAAUCUUAUUUAAAUUUUGAAAUUAACUUGCAUGGUUUAUUGGUUCCUGUUUAUCUUAUUUUGAGAUGAUAGUAUUAUUCCUUGUAAUAAACUAUCACUGGGUAGUUAGUUACCUAUAUAUAUAUACCCCAAAAUCGGUUGUGGGAAGCUUUUGUGAUAUUAUAUAUUAUUGUACCUCAAUGCGGUUUGAGUUAAACAUUAAAUAUAAACCUAUACAUAUAUAAACAUGUAUUUGCUGUUAUAAGUGUUAAGCUGUAAGAUAGUAUUAAGUAUUUUCUUAACAUUAGUUGUUAUCGGAGUUGACAGUUAGUAGUGCAUAUAUAUUUAUCAAAUUUAGUCGCCUUCUGUAGUACAUGCUACUCUUUCCAUAUUAAUGUAUUCUUUUUCAUAUAAAUUGAAGACUUUCCCAAGCGAUAUAAUUCUUCCUUUUUCAUUUGUGAUUCUUUCUGUUGCAAUUAUCUUAAUUUUAUUUUUAUUAUUUAUUUACUAACAAAAUUAUCUCUAAUAAAUACAAAUAUUUUAUUACAGUUAAUAUUUAAAAUUUAG